UGAGACGAUUAGAUAACGAGCCACCCGUCAAAUGAACAACCUUUUAAAUUAUGAGGCACUCUUUCUGGUAUAAGUAAGAAGAAUAAUUGGCAUUAUUCACGUCAACCGAUGAUUAGCUUUUUUUUUGGUAAGGACUGUACAUAUCAGGGUUUGAAUUGCCGGUAUAUCGUCGUUGACUGGUGAAAUGAAAAGAGCUCUUCUGCACUUACCCGAAUACCUCUUGGUGGCUUUGCCCCUUCGCCCUCUUUUCUACCGGUAUCGUGCCUUUCCUUUGCUGGUAUUAGCUACUCUUGGAUUAGGAUGAAAAAUAGAGAUCGGAUUGCCCCGAUGAAUAGGAUUGAUAAGAAAGGAAUCCUGCCCAGAACUGGGAAACAGAAAAAUAGCCUCAAAGAUUCAUACAGAACAACGCAGUACAAAAUGGCACUCGCCAUCUCUAUUCUUGUUCUAUGUAUUGCCCUCACAUGGGGAUUUCCACUUUCGGCGGCUUUGAGGUUUCCAAACCCUAGUUCCGAAUUCUCAACCAUUACACGAUAUCCGAAUCUACUAAAUGCCGGAGCAGAAGAGCUCAUUGCCGGGUUGAAUAAUCGAAGCUGGACCAGCGUUGAGUUGACAAAGGUGGGUAGCUAAUUUCUAUAGAGGCCAACUCUUACACUCCACAGGCGUACAUUCUUCGGAUCAACGACGUCAACCCAAGCCUCAAAGCGAUCACUGAAUUGAAUCCAGACGCGUUAUCAAUAGCUGCAUCUCUUGAUGCGGAACGCAGAAAUGGGACAAUUCGCAGCCCUUUGCACGGAAUACCGAUUUUUAUUAAGAAUAAUAUAGCCACCAAUGACUUGAUGAACAAUACAGCUGGAAGCUACUCGUUGCUCGGCGCUCGAGUUCCUCGAGAUGCCCUCGUUGCUGCGAAAUUGCGAGCUGCUGGAGUCAUUAUUUUGGGCAAAUCAAACUUGUCGCAAUGGGCAAACUUUAGGUCUUUCAACUCAUCUAAUGGCUGGUCGUCAUAUGGUGGUCAGGUAGGCAAUCCCACAUCCUCGUUACCCCACUCCAACAUUUUCCGGGCUAUUUUCAAGCGGCACGCUAUUAUCAGAUUCCCCUCUUUCUUUCUGAACAUCCCUCCAGAAUCAAUGGAAUAAUCAGAAUUGGAAAUGCUGACAUCAAGAUCUCCAAUAGGUGACUGGUGCUUAUUAUCCCGUAAGCAUGUUGAAAUCUUAGUCUAUGAGUGCAGGCGCUGACUUCAUCUUGAGAAUAUGGACCCAAGUGGUAGUUCAUCAGGAAGCGGUGUUGCAAGUUCUAUUGGUCUGGCAUUUGCAUCCCUAGGUACCGAAACGAGUGGCAGCAUCAUAUCCCCUUCAAGUGUAAACAACAUUGUUGGAAUCAAACCCACGGUAGAGAAGCCAUUCCCAUACUUCACGAUUUUCUCUCAUGACAUAAUAAGUUCCGCACCUUAGUACAGGAUCUAUGAAGCUAACCUCUAGCAAGGUGGGAUUGACUUCUAGAUCUCUGGUCAUUCCUAUCAGUGAGCAUCAGGACACCGUUGGGCCAAUGGCAAGAACGGUUUCAGAUGCUGCCUUCCUCCUCAGUAUUAUCGCUGGAAAAGAUGUGAGCGAUAACUAUACAUUGGCUCAACCUUUUGAUACACCCCCAGACUAUACCUUAGCCUUGAACUCUUCUAGUCUCCGUGGGGCCCGAAUUGAAAUAGUGAGAAACGUUUUACCGAAGCCUAGAAAGUCGAACCAACCCUUACUGGAUGCCUUUGAAGAGGCUAUCGAGGUUAUGAAGAAAGCAGGUACAGUUCUUGCUGAUACCGCCUUCUCGUCUUACAGUGAUUAUACAAACAAUAACGGUGUAAUUUCACUAAAGGUACUUAAUGGCGACUUUAUUUCUGAUCUUCCCAAAUAUCUCUCUGAACUCACCACUAAUCCUAACAAUAUUACAAACCUCGCGGAUGCGGCCAAUUACACCCGCAAUGACCCCUUAGAGGAAUAUCCUCAGAGAGAUAUUGGGAUUUGGGAUGAAGCUUUGGCAGGAUUCAACAACACAAGCCCACAAUUUUGGGAGGCAUACCAGACAACUUCUUUCUGGGGAAACGAAGGAGGAGUGACAGGUGCUCUCAAGGCUGGGGACUUUGAUGCUUUGAUCCUUCCAAGUGACUUUGCUUGGGAUGUUCCAGCCUUCAGUGGUCUUCCACUUAUUACUGUGCCAUUGGGAUUCUAUCCGUCAAACAUUACUGUUGAGAAGUCACAGCCUUGGGGAUUGGUCGAGGUUGCGCCAAAUAUCCCGUAAGCUACUUACUCUUUCAAUGGGAAACUACUAAUACAUCCAGAUUUGGUAUUUCAUUCUUGGGACCAAAAUGGUCUGAAGAACUUCUCAUCGGACUCGCAUACUCUUACGAGCAACGCACGCAAACACGCAACAAGAUCCAGCCUUAUUUGAUACCAAUGCCUCAAUUAUGCGAUGUUGUGUCAAAGAGAAGAUGA